UCAGUGGACUUGUGCGUGGUUUAUUGUAAGUCAGUUUGCUAUCAGUGGGAGAGCAAGCUCAUGCAGGUUCUUGGCACCUGACAUUGUUAACAGUAUGAAAAGAGAAAUUAGAAAGCGGUUUGGCACACAACAGCCACCUCCAACGACACAGUGAUCACCUGACGCUGUUAAAAACACCUGCGUCUGCCUGCGGUGCAGUAGGUACACUGGGUAGGCGGAGUCUGCACCAUUUAAAAGCUGUCUGAUCCACCUUCCUUAGGGAUUGAAGUGUCAGUCAUGGUCCAGCAGAAGCUCUCUUUGCCAUUUGUCAGUUUGUGUAAAAAUGGAAUGGGAUUAAUAUGGAACAACCCGAAAUCAACCUAAAACAGCUCCUUCAGACAAGAAUGAGGAAAAUGUAGGAAGUAGGAAGGCUCCAGAAGAGUUGAUUAAUCAUACAAGAAAUGUGGGAGCUAACCUCAUGAAUUCACACAGCUCCCAAUAUUCAGGUGACUUGAUGAGAGACAGGAACUGCGUACGGAGUCCUCCGUAGUAGUCUAUAAGGUAUGCUCAAAAUCUUAAAAUAUUAUGGUAAAAUGCUUUCAAGCUGCUGUAGGUUGUAUUAAAUUAUUUUUUGUUUUUUUUUGUUGUGUUAGCUUUGUUAAUGGAAUUUAAUAUAAUCCCAUGCAAAGUUAACAAUUGGCAUUGUACAAGUUGAGCCAGAUAAUGAUUGUAUUAUGUAUUGUGCAGUUGUGUAUUUUAAAUUGACGACAGUAUACGAUGUAUUAACCGGCUAAAACCAGCUAGAAGUGUCAAAUGCACAUCUUAAACCAGCUUGACCAGCUUAGUUAUUUUUAAAAUGGAAUGUUCAUUGGGGUGGGGUGUGGCAUCUCUAGCUAUAUUCUGGUUGGCAUCCAGUCAGCAACUGGUAAAUGGGCUGGGUGCUUUACCAACACACUCUUAUUAUGAUGACAACUUGCAUAUUACAGUCAUAUAUUAUGACUUUGCUGUAGCUAAUUUGGACCUUUACCUAUGUAGCUAGUGAUAUCUAAUCGGAACUAUGAUGAGUAGAACAUGACUAAGCCUCGGCUUUGCAUAGCUGAGUAAUACAUGAUACAUCUCUAUUACAAUUAUUAUCUUAGAAAUAGCCUAUUUCUGAAUCUGGCAGACAGUGACUAUGAAAUCUGAAUCCUCUAGGUAACAAGACCUGUAAAAGCGAACAUUACAGCUCUUUACUUUCAGGCCCCUCAACACAGUGAAAAUGAAACUGCAUCAGAAUUUGCUGUGAGAUGAAACAGAAGCAGUAGUAUUCCCUGAAUUGAUCACGUCAAGCUAGAGAUCAUCAUGGACUGUACAGAUUCUGAUGAUGGCGAGGACUUCUACACUGAUUGGGAACCAACAUCAAAAUUUCAGCCAUUAAUCAAUCAAAGUACACAAAUCCAGGAGGGGCUCCUACUGAACACAUCUAAGGAGACUAACUAUUUGUGGAGCUCACUGGACUUGUACACUGAUGGGGAACCAACAUCAAAAUUUCAGUCAAUCAAUCAAAGUACACAAAUCCGGGACGGACUCCCAAAAAAGCGCCUACUGAACACAUCUAAGGAGACACUUGAUGAUUCUGGUGAGGUCAGAAGGUGGACCUUUGGAGAAAAGAACCAGAGUCAAACCAGAACCAUAAUGAUGUUGGGAGAAACAGGAACAGGAAAGUCCACCCUCAUCAAUGUCAUGGUCAACUACAUCCUGGGAGUAGAGUACCAAGACGACAUCCGGUUUGAGAUUAUUAAAGAGGAAGAAAGAAGCCAGACUGAAUCUCAAACCACUGCCGUCACAGUGUAUGAGGUCUAUGGAAGUGAAGGUGUUCGAGUCCCUUUCUCUCUCAGGCUCAUUGACACUCCUGGUUACACGGACACUGCAGGAGUAAAACAGGAUGAGAAAAUCGCUCAGAAUAUAAUGAAGUUGUUCAAAGCUGAAAGCGGCGUUGAUCAGAUUGAUGCUGUGUGUUUAGUGGUGAAGGCCUCACAGAAUCGUCUCACUGAUACUCAAGUCUACAUUUUUGAUGCCAUCUUGUCCUUGUUUGGGAAGGACAUAGAACAUAACAUCAUGGCUCUGAUCACAUUCUCAGAUGGGGGGAGGCCUGGAGCUCUUGAAGCCAUUGACGAAGCUGGUGUUCCCUGUGCCAGGAACAAGAAAAAACAACCCAUUUUCUUCAAAUUCAAUAAUGUGUCCAAGAAAAUAAAUGAUGACCGUGGCAAUGAUGAUGCUCAUGAUGAUGAUGAUGAGGAGGGUGAUGAUGAUGAUUACUUGCAACGAAACUGGGCGAUGGGAGUGGCAAACAUGCAGAAAUUUUUUGAGAAACUAGCUACGAUGGAAACUAGAAGCCUGCAGAUGACUCAGGAUGUGCUAAUGGGUCGAGAUCAACUUGAGAUGAGCAUCCAGUAUUUACAAGAUCAAAUAAUUGCUACUGAAAACCUACAGACAAUGAUCAGGCAGACUCAAGAUGCCGUGGAGAAACACAAAAAAGACAUAGAUGCAAAUAAAGACUUUGAUUAUGUUGUAGAUGAACCAUGUAAAAUACAAGUUGAUACCAUAUAUCCUGCAACCUGCUGCAAAGUGUGUGAGACAACCUGUCACCAUCCGUGCACCAUUGUCAGUGCAGACAUGCUAAACUGGUGUGCUGUGAUGAAGAAACACAGAUGUACAGUCUGUGAAAAGAAAUGCAUGUACCAAGACCACAUUAAAGAAAAGAAGAUGUACAAGUCAUCCACCAGACCAGUCACCAGGACAUUUGAACAUCUGAAGGGACAAUAUAAAAUAGCAUCUGGAGAGAAAGGCACAGCAGAGAAUCUCAUGAAGGAUCUUCAGGAAGCGCUUGAAAAUGUUAUGUCAGGUAAAAGGGAACACAUACAGGAGUCAUACCAGCACGUCCUCAGGCUUUCCGAGAUCGCCUUGCGGCCUGACUCCAGGUCUACUCUUCAGCAUCUCGACUUCCUGCUUGAGAGACUGGAAGAGACUGGAACUGCAGAGCAGAUUCAGAAGAUAGUGGGCAUAAAGAAAAGCGCUGAAGAGCUUAAUAAACUCAAGUAGGAUAUUCUGCAACUGCGGAAACUGAAAAUCAAAUUUGGGAACUGCAUCCACACUUUGUGGCAAGAAAUAGUAUUCAAUGAUCAUAUACCAUUUGUAUAUCCAGAAAUUCAUAUGCACACAUUUUGAACUUCUUCACCUUUUUAUGGACUUUCACAUGAAAUGGAGUAAAAUGUAAGUUAUUUUUCUGGAUGGCUUCUCCAUUAGCAGAUGUUAUCUUAAUUAUACUCACUGAACACUUUAUUAGGAACACUUGUACACCUACUUAUUCAUGCGUGUAUCUAAUUGUAUGAAAUGCAUAAAAUCAUGCAGAUAUGG